AUGGCGGAAACGGCUGCUGAAUGUGGCCUCGGCCUUGAGGAGCUGCACCGCAUGCUGCAUACCAUCCUGCACUCCACCGACAACAUUGAGCGACGCAGUGUGGAGGCGGCCGUCGUGCGUGCUCUCUCCACGCCCGCCACGCUCAUGCUGCUGGUGCGCGUGCUGCAGGACGUCCAGGGAGUCGCCCCCGGGGUUCGCCAACUCGCUGCCGUGCUUCUUCGCAAAAAGGUCUUCUCGCUGUGGCACGCGAUCCCGGCGGAGUCGAGGGUGGAGCUCAAAAGCAUUCUGCUCGCACAGCUCGGCUACGAGCCUGUGCGUGUGGUGCGCUUUGCCGUGGCGCACCUUGUGUCGCGCCUGGCGAAGGCUGACGCCCUUGAGAGUGAGGAGGGGUGGCCGGAGCUGCAGCAGGCGAUCCGCUCGGCGGUCGAUGACCCACGCGCCGAUAUGCGCGAGUUGGCGAUGGUGCUCGCGUACAGUAUUGCUGAGGUGCUAGGCGAGGGCCAAAGUCUCAGUGAGCUUGUCGCUGAGGCCGUUCUUCGGGGCAUGACAGACGCUGACGAUGGGGUGCAGCGGGCUGCCCUGAAGGCGGUGGGCGCGCUGUUGCCGUUUCUAGAAGACAAGAGACAAGAGCGUGAGCAGCUGCUGCAACGCCUUGUGCCUUGCUGUCUGGAGCUACUCGCGCAGUACAGUGCGGUAGAGGCCAAGACAACCCUCUGCGUGGAUGUGCUGGAUCUGCUGGAGCAACUCGUCGAGGACCUCAGCGUAAAGAGGCACGAAGGCCUUCUGCGCACCAUGGCCCUCUCGGUGCUGACGGUGUUCGUCAAUACGGCGAAUAGACCCCGCGUCCGACAAAACUGCAGCGAGAUGUUGGUCAGCCUCGUGAACAUGAAACCGAAGUUUGUGUCGCACGCACUACUCGAGCCGAUCGUUGCGGCAUGUGUCCAAGUGAUGGGUGAGGACGGCACCAUCUCGCUGCCUGAGGUGGCCCACGUGGAGGAUGCUGACGAAGAUAGCGGCAACGAUGACGAUGACGCGGAGAUGCUGCAUGUGAAUCCUCCCUGCAUGUACGCCGGUCGCCUCCUCAGCACGCUGGCAACCAAAAUCUCUGCCAAGUUGUUCACCGGCGCGUUACUGCCGUUUGUAUCGCGCGUGUCCGACAACCCGCACGCCAGCCCGCUCGAGCGCAAAGCUGGGAUUCUCUCGCUUGCCUGCCUGGCGGAGGGAAACCCCGGCUACCUGCGGCGCCGCGUGCAGUACGUUUUGAAACUGACGCACGACUUGCUGCACGACGAGAGCCCGGUGCCCCGCGAGGCGGCAGCGUUUGCCCUCACAUACUUCUGUCUACACCUGCAGCCGGAGAUCCUUACGCACCACCAGCAACUGUUCCCCAUGCUUGUGCCGCUGCUUCGCGACGAUGUUGACGGCGUCCGCCGCCGUGUGGCGGGCGCGCUCGACACGUUGUGCGAGAACGUUGCUGAGGACGUGGAGCCGUAUGUGCCGCUGGUGCUGCCGGCCGUGCUGGAGGCGAUUGGCCGCAGCUCGCUCGACACUCAGAAGGAGCUCUGCGGCGUCAUCUCGUCAUUGGCCACCACCCGCUGCCCAUCAUUUCAAGCACAUGCGACGCACUGCCUCGAGCUUCUCAAGACACCGCUCACAAUGACGUCGCCCGAGACGAUUCUGCUGCGCGCCAAGGCGACAGAGGCGGUUGGCAUCGUCGCAAACGCCAUUGGGAAGGAGGCGUUCCUGCCGUACCUGCCCUUCUUCAUGGAGCGCGUUGUCGACAACCUCCGUACACGCCAGGCCGAUCUUCGGGAGCAGAGCUUCGGCUUUCUCUCGAACCUCUGUGAGACGCUGCGCGGUGACUUUGCCCCCUACCUCGAUGACUCUAUCGCUUGUGCACUGCAAACAGUCCACGAGGACCGUACACACUACGAGAACAAGCACCUACUGGCUGAAGGAGGUAUGCGAGGUUUUGACAUUGCUGACGAUGACGACGACAAUCACAGCAAUGGAAGUAACAAGGAGGAUGAGGAAAGCGAGGCGGAGGAGAUUCACGCGCGUGUGCGAACGGCAGACGUUGAGGAGAAGAGCAGCGCCAUCUACUGCAUUGGUGUUUGUGCGGAAGUGCUUUUAGCUGAAUUUGGGACCGCUCGAAUCGAUACAUGCUGGGCGGCGCUUACCGAGCUUAACACGCACUUUCACAGCAGUAUCCGCUGCAGCACACUCACGGCCCUCGCGAAGUUGACGAUGGCGGCGCACGGCUCUACAGCGGUGGUGAAGUCGACGUCGCAGGACACACUCACACCAUACGCUCGUCGGCUGCUGAACACCUUGACCAAUGAUAUGUUGCUCCCGUGCAUGCAGGAGGACUCGGACAAGGAGGUUGUUGCUGCGGCUUGUGACGCCUAUGAGCUACUGUUCAACUUCUUUGGUCCACAGGUAGUUACUGAGAACGUUGACGUGUUUGUGGAAACUGCGAAGGCUAUGCUUCAGCAAAGCUUGCCCUGCCAACGUGAAGCCGAGGAUGAUGAUGAGGACGAGGAGGAUGAUACCACAGGUGGCCGUGCUAAUGCUGCUUCUGGUGGAGAGGUGGUACUUGGCGAGGAUCACGAUGGGGUGUUGAUGGACGCGGCUUGCGACAUGGUGGAGGCAUUCGCAAAGGCCUACGGCCCAUCGUUCAGGGCAUACAGCGACACGAUUCUGCCGCUACUGCUGCCGUACGCCGCGGACGACCGUCCAUCGGAGGAUGUUGUCAUGGCGACGGGUUGCAUCGCAACGAUCAUGGAGGCACUUGGUCCGUCUUCGGAUGUGUACCUUGAACACUCUAUCCGCCUCGCUCUGCAUCUCAUUGAGUCGACAGAUGAAUCCUCUGUGAAGGCGAACUGUGCGUACCUCCUUCGCACAUUCGUGGAGAGUUGCGCGGGACAUCUCGACAGUGAGGCCGCCACAGGGCCGCUGCUGCAUGCACUCUGGGGAAUCGCCAGCAGCAGCGACGAGAUACCGGCUGCCGUUGACAAUGCCGUGUCAGCUACCUGUUCGAUGGUUCGGUGUCUCUCGCCCUCCGUCGUGCCCCUUCCGUCUGUUGUGCCGGCGCUGCUGACGAGAAUACCGAUGCGGGUGGAUCGCACGGAGAACGCCAAUGCCAUUCGAACCCUCAUACAUCUCUUGACAACUCAGAGUGACUUCACCCAAUCGAACUGUGGAGUGGAUGCGGUGCGCUGCGUCGCAGUUGUGCUCGCGUCGCUGACGGUAGACGAGGAGCAGAAGCAGCUGCUUGCUGCGCAGGGCGUCGCCCCAUUCCUCGAGCGCUACAGAAACCAAUGGAGGGACGCGUGUGCGCAGCUGCCCACCGAGCUGCAGGCUGCACUGGACCGAUAUGGCUGCUGCUGA